AUGCCUGGACCAUGUUUGUCCGUGCUGACCUCGAAGCACAAGUCUUGCUGUCCCACUUGGUCUAUCGCAAGAGCCUCUUCUUACGGCUGGAGGAGUCCCCCUACACGGUCGGGGACCUGCAGAACCACUUCUCCACGGAUUGCACGAAGCUGGUGUUGUCCUUCUUCCACUGGUGUCAUGCGGAUCUGGUCAUCUCCGGCUGCACCUUGUUGGUGGUCGCCUGGCAUCUCACCAAGCUCAUUGGCUCUGCCGGGCUCAUGGGCAUGCUUACCGCGGCUCGUCUGCGCCACCAGGUUUGUGAUCCGGCGGCGUUUGCGAGUGGCUGCCAAGCGGAUUCAGGAAGCACGCGAUGUCCGUGGCCGGCUUUGCAAUGAGUUCUUGUCGGCGAUGCGGGUGGUGAAAUGCUUCUCCUUGGAGCCCAUGGCGCUGGAGAUGCUGGGCGGAGCCAGGGAUCGAGAAUUGGAGGCUCAAUGGUUCAAGCGGAAGGUCUUUCCGUUCCAAAACUUCCUCGGAAGCUCCGUGAGCCUCUUCGGCACCAUCAUUUCCUUCCUCUGGCUGGAGCUGGUGCUGGAUAAGCCAGUGGAUGCUGCGAUUGCCUUCACAGUGCUCUCCUGGAGCGCAUUGCUGAAGGACUCGCUGAUGGCGGUGCCCAACCAGAUCGCCACCCUGCUCGACUGCUACGUGAGUGUGCAACGCAUCCAACAGCUCUUGACCUGCCAGGCGCGGGAACUCACGCGGGAGCGUCUUGGUGUGUGA